GUCCCCGCCGGACCAUGUCUGACUCGCUCUGGACCGUGCUCUCCAAUUUCUCCAUGCCCUAUUUCCUUGACAGCAGCAUGUUCCGCCGCACCAAGAGCUGCCGCACCAGUAACCGGAAAAGCCUCAUCCUGACCAGCACGUCGCCUACUCUGCCGCGGCCUCACUCCCCGCUUCCAGGCCACAUUGGCAGCAGCCCUCUGGACAGCCCCCGCAACUUCUCUCCCAACACCCCUGCCCACUUCUCCUUCGCCUCUUCCCGCAGGGCAGAUGGACGGCGUUGGUCUCUGGCUUCACUCCCCUCUUCUGGCUAUGGCACCAAUACCCCCAGCUCCACUGUUUCUUCGUCCUGCUCCUCCCAGGAGAGGCUGCACCAGCUGCCCUAUCAACCGACGAUGGAUGAGCUGCACUUCCUGUCGAAGCAUUUUGGCAGUACGGAGAGCAUCACGGAUGAGGAUGGGGGUCGCCGCUCACCUGCUGUGCGGCCCCGCUCCCGUAGUCUCAGCCCUGGGCGCUCCCCCUCCUCGUACGACAACGAGAUUGUGAUGAUGAACCAUGUGUACAAGGAGAGAUUCCCUAAGGCCACCGCGCAGAUGGAGGAGAAACUGCGUGAUUUCGCCCGGGCCUUUGAGCCGGAGAGCGUCUUACCCCUCGCCGAUGGCGUGCUCAGCUUUAUCCACCACCAGAUCAUCGAGCUGGCCCGCGACUGCCUGGCCAAGUCCCGGGACGGCCUCAUCACCACCGUCUAUUUUUACGAGCUACAGGAGAACCUGGAGAAGUUGCUGCAGGAUGCAUAUGAGCGCUCAGAGAGCCUGGAGGUCGCUUUUGUCACCCAGCUGGUGAAGAAACUGCUCAUCAUCAUCUCCCGCCCUGCUCGGCUCCUGGAGUGUCUGGAGUUUAACCCGGAGGAGUUUUACCACCUGCUGGAGGCAGCUGAGGACCAUGCCAAGGAGGGCCACCUGGUGAAGACAGACAUCCCCCGCUACAUCAUCAGCCAACUGGGCCUCACCCGUGACCCCUUUCCAGAUGUGGCUCACCUGGAGGACCAGGACAGUGGCGGGUCCAAUACUCCCGAGCCCGAUGAUUUUGCCGAGGGCCGAGGUGCCACUCCCAAGGCCAAGAAACCCCCUGGGGAGAGCGACUUUGAGAAUAUCAAGCUCAUCAGCAAUGGGGCUUAUGGGGCGGUGUACCUGGUACGGCACCGGGAGAUGCGCCAGCGCUUUGCCAUGAAGAAGAUCAACAAGCAGAACCUGAUCCUGCGGAAUCAGAUCCAGCAGGCAUUCGUGGAGCGGGAUAUACUCACCUUUGCUGAGAACCCCUUCGUGGUCAGCAUGUUCUGCUCUUUCGAGACCAAGCGUCACCUGUGCAUGGUCAUGGAAUACGUGGAAGGGGGAGACUGUGCCACGCUGCUGAAGAAUAUCGGGGCGCUGCCUGUGGAGAUGGCGCGUAUGUACUUUGCAGAGACCGUACUGGCCCUCGAGUACCUGCACAACUACGGCAUCGUGCACCGCGACCUCAAGCCUGAUAACCUCCUCAUCACCUCCAUGGGCCACAUCAAGCUGACGGACUUCGGUCUGUCCAAGAUGGGGCUGAUGAGCCUCACUACCAACCUGUACGAGGGACACAUAGAGAAGGAUGCCCGCGAGUUCUUGGACAAGCAGGUCUGCGGGACCCCAGAGUACAUCGCUCCCGAGGUGAUCCUGCGGCAGGGCUACGGGAAGCCGGUGGACUGGUGGGCCAUGGGCAUCAUCCUCUAUGAAUUCCUGGUGGGCUGCGUGCCCUUUUUUGGAGACACCCCCGAGGAGCUGUUCGGACAAGUUAUCAGCGAUGACAUCCUGUGGCCAGAGGGGGAUGAGGCUUUGCCUGCUGAUGCUCAGCUCCUCAUCUCCUGCCUCCUGCAGACGAAUCCACUUGUCCGGCUGGGUGCAGGUGGGGCCUUUGAGGUGAAGCAGCACAGCUUCUUCCGUGAGCUGGAUUGGACGGGGCUGCUGCGUCAGAAGGCUGAGUUCAUCCCCAACCUGGAGUCAGAGGAAGACACCAGCUACUUCGACACCCGCUCAGACAGAUACCAUCACGUCAAUUCCUACGAUGAGGACGAGACCACAGAGGACGAGCCAGUGGAGAUCCGCCAGUUCUCCUCCUGCUCCCCCCGCUUCAGCAAGGUAUAUAGCAGUAUGGAGCAGCUCUCUCAACAUGAGACCAAGCCACCCAUGGGCACCAAAAGGGAGCCGAGUAGCAAAAACCAGGAGGAGAAGGCCGCUGGCAAGCGGGAGAGUCUGGGCAGCCUAACCUUGCGGGAUAAGAGCUGGAGAUCAGGAUCAGGGUCUCCUGAGAUCAAGCGCCUGUCGGUCUCCGAGUCGUCCUUCCCCGAAGGUGAGGCCAGCCCUCCCCUGGGUACCCGACGUCGCUUCUCAGCACUGCUAGAGCCUAGCCGCUUCAGCGCUCCCCUGGAGGAUGAGGAUGAGGGCCGUUUACGGCGGUCCCUCCGGCCUGGCCCUGAUGGCCCCACUCCCACCGGCUCCCCUGACACUCGCGUCCCCAAGGAGGGGCCUCCAGGGGACAGUACCCCCAGCACCAGGGACCUCGACACCAGUGACCGUUCCCGCUCCAGUGACCUGGCUCCUCCCCAAAAGGAGGUGGACCCCUCAGCUCCCAAGGCCACCAAUGACCUAGUCUUGCGCAGAGCCCGGCACCAGCAGCUGUCUGGCGACAGUGUGGAGAAGCGGACCUCACGUCCGGGGGGCAAGGUCAUCAAGUCAGCGUCUGCCACGGCCCUUUCUGUCAUGAUCCCUACAGUGGAACAGCAUGGCAGCUCACCUCUGGCAAGCCCCAUGUCCCCACGCUCGCUCUCUUCCAACCCGUCUUCCCGGGACUCGUCACCCAGCCGGGACUACUCACCCGCGGUCAGUGGUCUCCGCUCGCCCAUCACCAUCCAACGGUCAGGCAAAAAGUACGGCUUCACGCUGCGUGCCAUCCGUGUCUACAUGGGCGACUCGGAUGUCUACAGCGUCCACCACAUUAUCUGGCAUGUGGAGGAAGGGGGCCCAGCCCAGGAAGCAGGUCUCUGUGCUGGAGACCUCAUCACGCACGUCAAUGGGGAGCCUGUCCAUGGCAUGGUGCACCCCGAGGUGGUGGAGCUCAUUCUCAAGAGUGGGAAUAAAGUGGCAGUGACGACGACGCCCUUUGAGAACACAUCAAUCCGCAUCGGCCCCGCCCGCCGCAGCAGUUACAAGGCCAAGAUGGCCCGGAGGAACAAGCGUCCUGCCCCAAAGGAGGGCCAGGAGAGCAAGAAGCGCAGCUCCCUGUUUCGCAAGAUCACAAAGCAGUCUAACCUCCUGCAUACGAGCCGCUCGCUGUCCUCGCUCAACCGCUCGCUGUCCUCCAGCGACAGCCUCCCUGGCUCGCCCACCCACGGCCUGCCCGCUCGCUCGCCCACCCACAGCUACCGUUCCACGCCCGACUCGGCCUACCUAGGUGCCUCCUCCCAGAGCAGCUCACCAAGCUCCAGCACCCCCAACUCACCAGCUUCCUCCUCCCAUCAUAUCCGGCCCAGCACCCUGCAUGGCCUGUCCCCCAAACUGCACCGCCAGUACCGCUCUGCCCGCUGCAAGUCUGCGGGCAACAUCCCCUUGAGCCCUCUGGCUCACACCCCUUCCCCAACCCAGUCAUCCCCGCCCCCUCUGCCUGGGCACACGGUGGGCAGUUCCCACACCACCCAGAGCUUCCCGGCCAAGCUUCACUCCUCCCCUCCCGUGGUACGCCCCAGGCCCAAGAGCGCCGAGCCUCCCCGCUCUCCCCUGCUCAAGCGGGUCCAGUCAGCGGAGAAGCUGGGGUGCCCACUGGGGCCAGAGAAGAAAGGGGCCCUGCGCAAGCACAGCCUGGAGGUGGGUCACCCUGACCACCGAAAGGACUUCCACGGGGAGCUGGCGCUGCACAGCCUGGCAGAGUUAGAUGGGGAAACACCUCCGCUGCCUGGCGAAGCGCCUGGCGUCCCCCGCCAAGUAGCCAUGCGGCGUCUGGGCCGGCAAGAAUCGCCCUUGAGCCUCGGCGGGGACCCACUGCUCGUCGGGCCCCGCGGGGGGGAGGGCAGCAGGGAAGAGAAACCAGGAGGUUCUCCCAGCCCCGCUGAGCCGGGCCAAGUGAGUGAGCCAGAGGAGCAGAGCCGGGCUCCUCCACAGCUGCCCCGGAAGGAACAGGAACCCUGUGGGGGGGCCUGCAUCCUAUCUGCCGGCCUGGCCCAGGACUCCCCUCCUUCAGGCCCGACCCGGACGCUGGAGCGGGACCUGGGGAGCACGCGGCACCAGAGUGUGCAGACGGAGGAGGCCGGGGGCAUGGCCCGGGCCUUGGCCAAGGCGGCCCUGAGCCCCGUGCAGGAGCACGAGGCGGGGCGUCGGAGCAGUGCCGGCGAGGCGGGUACCCCGCCCCGUCCGGGUGGCGACCCUCCCCUCCUGCCGAUUGUGGUGGAGCCGGGGAGGGCCCUAGCAAAGGUGGAAGGGGCUAGGCCCCCGAGUAGGGCCACCAAAGAGGGUGGAGGAGUUGGGGAGCUGGGUCCAGCUUGCCGGGAGCGGUGGGUGGUGGAGGUGGUGGAGGAGCGUACCACCCUGAGCUCGCCCCGCUCCAAGCCCUCCUCUCCGAAACUCUCCCCCGACCCUGGUGGCCCCCAACCCCCAGCCAAGAAUGGGCCUAGUCCCGGCCACGGAGCCGUCCCUGCCCUGGGCGUCAAGAGCGAGCUGGGGCUGCCUGCCCGCUGCCCCGUCGAGGUCAUGCCCGCCCCGGGUUUGGUCAAAAAGGGAGCUGCCCACUGAGGCCACCUGACCCCAAGGAGAAAGCGGGGAGACAAGUAAGGCCAAGCGACCUACCCCGACUCUGCUCCUCAUAUCUUGAACCCCACCCGUCCCCCACCCUGUCCCCCCAAGAUGUAAAUAAGCAGUCGGGGGAGCAUCACGGCGCCGAGCCCCAUGAUCAGGCCCUGCCACCUCUGUACAGCAGAUUGUAUACAUAUGUACACAUAUAAAUAAAGAACGUG